UGGAUCCACUGGGAUAGCUUUGAAACAAUCCCAAUGGCCUCCGCCGUUUGCGAUCCACCGUGUGCCAUGCCGCACGUCAGCACAUCAGUGGAGCAGCUGGAGCUGGUUGUAGCAUCCCCAUGGACGUACGCGCCAGGCGAAAAACUCUAUUCUCCCAUUGCUGGCCCUCCCGGUGGUUUCAGAUGCCAGCUGAGGGUGUAUCCGGCCGGAACAGGCGAGGUUCGAAACGCGAUCUCUGCUUUUGUGCGGGUACUACCCCCCGAGAAGAAUAUGCAAGGAUGGGAGUGCAAGAAUGUGCGGUGCAGCAUUCGGGUGAUGAGCAGCAUCGUGGGGAAGGAGAUUCUGAAGAUACGUACGCACACUUUCACUCCGCGGGACGGCCGCCCCGGCCGUCCCGCGGAAUAUGGCUUCCACAAGCUAGUGAGGCUUCAGGAACUGACGCGCGGGUCGGGACUGUUGGAUGGAGACUCCAAGGUCCGCGUGCGUGCUUCGGUCAGCAACCUUCCUUUUGCGAAGCCUCGCAAUGCCCUACAAAUCGACUUGUCCGCCGAGCUUCAGCCGGUCCGGAUCUUGGUGCCAGACGGGCCACCCCUCAUCUUUGACCAACGUAUCUUGGUGGCACGCUCCGAGUACUUUCAAAAGAUGUUCGCUGCGGAAUGCAAGGAAGCGUCAACUGGCGUAGUUGACCUGCGCCAGGAUGCGAACGCAAGCCACCAGUGCGUGUCCGCAAUGCUAAGCUUUCUCCUGACAAAGUGCCUCGACCCGGAUGUGGAUCUGGAGCUGGCUUUAGCGCUGCACGCCAUAGCGGACAAAUUCUGCUUGCGAGAUUUGAGGGAGGACAUGCUCUCGGAAGAGAACGUGCUGCACAUUUUGCACCAGGUCCUAGAUAUUGGUGGCCAUCUGGAGAAGUUGUGCUGGCAGAUGCUGCAAGCAGAUGGCGGGCUGUUGGUCCGACAGGAGGAUCAACUGGACGCGGUGAUCCAACAGACCCCAGCUCUGGCCAAGAAGCUGAUCCUGCUUGGCAAGCGCAAGAUGCAGAAGACC